GACAGUAAUUGAUGUAACCAAACCGGAAGCGACAAGCAUUUUUCACAACAGGUCGGACAAAUUUGGGAUUAUUUAUGCCACUCAAGGAUCAAUCAAACUCCACCACCAUGAAGCCUGCGGUAGAUGAAAUGUUCCCAGAAGGAGCUGGACCUUAUGUAGACCUUGACGAGGCAGGGGGAAGCACUGGGCUUCUAAUGGACUUGGCUGCAAACGAAAAAGCAGUCCAUGCGGACUUCUUCAACGAUUUUGAAGACCUCUUUGAUGAUGAUGAUAUCCAGUGAUGUCCAAGUUGUGCACUUAAGAAAAGUUUGUAAAUAAACACAGGGAGACUUUGAAAAUGUAAAAACUUAUCUGAAAUUCUGUUUCUGUGAUGCUGGGGUGAGGAACUGACAGUUGAGAACAAAUACUUUGUUGUAUCAUACGUUUGUUUGGGUGAGUAAAAUAUUGUACUUCCAGACAA